AUGUUCGAUCAGUUAAAAGCCAAGUCAUCGCAGGUGGCAACGCUCGCAAUUGACACUGCAGGGUCGCUAAAGAAUGCUGCAGAAAAGUCUAAUCUUGCUAGUUCACUGAAAGAUGCCACACAAAAGAGUUCAGUGGCGAUUCAGGCGAAGGCGAAUGCACUCAACAUAAAGGUACCAGCAAUGGUGAAGCCCUCUGGAUCAUCAUCAUCUUUGUCCAGCAAUGCAGAAACAGUCAAUGAAAGUGAUCUCGAGAUAGGCAAGUCACCUUUGAAUGCUAGUCAAGAAAAGGAAGGAUUAUUAAAUGAAAUCGGGCAAGAGUGUGGUCUAACUAAACGCCAGAGACUUUACGGAGCUAUUGGAUGCUAUUUGUUUGGGGCAUUGUGUGGUUUUCUCUCCACACUUAUGAUGUGGGGUGGACCUCGACAUUUAAAGCAAUUUGCUUUUUUUUACACAUUGAGCAGCGUCUGCAGCAUUGGCAGUUCGUUGUUUCUUAUUGGUCCCAUGCGGCAGCUUAAAGUUAUGUGCAUGCCUGUACGACGUGUGGCAUGCUGCAUCUGGAUGAGCGCUAUGAUCAUGACUCUUGUUAUUGCUUUUGGCUUUCCAAAAGCUGCACCACUUGUGCUACUUUUAAUGAUUGUCCAAUAUGUCGCAAUGCUCUGGUAUGGUGCCUCGUUCAUUCCAUACGGUCGUGCAAUUCUGAGGAAAGGAUUUACAAAAGCUACUAGCUACAUCAUUAAUUAG